CGUGACGUCACAUUCUCCUCUCGCGAGACUGUGACGGAACUCUGGGCGAGUUGGCCUGCAGCAGCGGGGGUGCUGGACAUGUGAACGGCGUUGCGGGAUUUAGACACCGAUCCGGGACCUCGGGCUGGGUUAUAAAACGCAACUGUUGAGCGUAUCGAUCUGUUGAUCUUUGCGCAGCUGCCUCUCUGAGAGUCUUGUUGGUGAGGGCAUCCAUUGCCUGCCUUAACUGAAGUUUAUCUGUGCAGAAGACUUUCAGAGGAGAUGCGGGAAUGACUGAGUCAGAAGAGACCGUUUUGUAUGUAGAGCACCGGUAUGUGUGUUCAGAGUGUGGAGAAGAGUAUCCCAGCCUAGAAGAUGCCCUUGUGCACCAGCAAACCCAUGCUGCAGCUUUGCAAGAGCCUCAGUAUCAAAUUGUGGGGGUCAACUCUCUGGAGAAUCAGUACCAGUGCCUGGAGUGUGGGCUGCUCUUGAGGACUCCAGAAGAUUUGCUUACCCACCAAGAGCUACACCCCACUCAAAAUGAAACCCCAAAACCCAAGCGCCCCACAAGGAGUGAGAUUCAUUAUGAAUGCCCAGAAUGCAAAGCUCUUUUCAAUAGUCAGGAUGUGUGGAUGGCACAUCGUUACACUCACAUGCAGGAUGUUCAACAUCCCAAGAUAGUGCUUCAGACUGAUGACCAUGUUAUUGAGGAUGGACUCCAGCUUAUGUGUGCCCCUGCAGUACCUGGGGAAGUCCACCUUGUAACAGGGGAUCCACAUUUCCAUGUGUCUGCUCCGUCGUCCGCUUCUGUGUCCCACACUCAGGUGCUGGUGGAUUUGGAACACUCCUAUAAAAAGAAUGAGGGAGCAGGGGAAGACUGUGCCAUGGAAGUUUUGCUAUAUAAGUGCUCCGAGUGCACUCAGCUUUUUCAGACACCAGGAGAAUUUUUGGAACACCAAGGGACACAUUUUUCUGGACCGGAACGCAUUUCAGGCACAAACAGCCUGGACACCCCACCACUGUCUCUGAAUGGGCAGGAAAAAGAACCUUUGCAAAAUCAGGAAAAUGUUUCCACUGACUAUCAGGAGGAGAAUAAAGAAUUGCCAGUGCAGCCAGAGGAAAAUCAAUCAGAGCAAGAUAGCGGGACAGUUGACCAAGAACCUUUAUUAUCCUGCAAUGAUUGCAGUGAGAAAUUUCAGUUUACCAAGGACCUUGAAGAGCAUGAAGCCUCCCAUCAGAAUGGUCCCUUCAGCUGUCCGCUUUGCAGCAAAGUCUUCACUACACAAGUAGAGGUGGGCGAGCACCUGAACUCCCACCGUAGUGAAUCUCAUUACCUCUGCGUGGAUUGUGGUCUUGCCUUUGUAAGUGAGACUGUCCUACUAAACCACCGUCGUUCUCACUUGGCCAAUCCUCUCUUCACUUGUGAAUGCGGGCUGACCUUUUUGAACAUGACUAGGUUCUUGUAUCACCGUCGUGUUCAUAACAACAAACAGCGUGACGCUGGUGCCGUGGAGGAGAAAAAAGCUGUUAACAGCACAGUCCCAAGCCCUUCUGGAAACUUCCAUUGUGACCCAUGUGGAAAGGAUUUCCCUUUGCUUUCUCAGUUUUUGCGGCACCAGAGGUUUGUUCAUGCCCUAGAGAGAAGACACAAAUGCCCUACUUGUGGCAAGCAUUUUAAGAAAGGCUCCCACCUGCGCACUCACAUGCUAACACACACAGGAGAAAGACCAUAUUCCUGCACGGUCUGUAGUAAGUCUUUCAACUCUCAAGCCAACCUGCUUCGGCACCGACUUACCCAUACUGGAGAGAAGCCCUAUAAAUGCCAGCUCUGUGGAAAGGCAUUCAGUCAGUCAUCUACAUUACAACAGCACCAGUAUGUGCAUGGCCAGGCCUAUCUAUAUAAAUGCAAUGAGUGCGGUGUUAAUUUUCACCGUCCUUACCGCCUGCUUUUGCACCAGUACCACCAUACAGGAGAGUAUCCUUAUAAGUGCCAGGAAUGUGGCCUUUCCUUUCUUCUUAAGAGGCUGCUUGAAGUACAUCAGUUAGGUCACCGUGGUGAGGAGCCACAUCGAUGCCAGGAGUGUGGGACAAAUUUCCCCAGUGUACAAAGAUUACAGGAUCACCGCUGUAGUAAAGCGGGCGAUGGAGGAGGUGAAAAAUUAGAAUGCCCUAUAUGUGGCAAGAAAGUGACUUCAGAUGCCCACCUGAAUACUCACGUUGCUACUCAGCACUCUGGAAAUAAAAAAAACAAUACGUGUUGUACAAAGGGCUCCGCUGUAUUACCCCGGAACAAACUGAAAGGAGGAGGAAAAAAUCUUGAAUGCUCAGACUGCCACAAAACCUUCAGCACUGAAACCUCACUUCAAGUGCACCGCAGGAUUCACACCGGUGAGCGGCCAUACCCGUGCCCUGAUUGCGGCAAAGCCUUUAGACAGUCGACCCACUUGAAGGAUCACCGCAGGCUGCACACAGGUGAAAAACCUUUCAAGUGUGACGUGUGUGGGAAAGCAUUUACAAUUGCUGUGCGUCUAUCUGAGCAUAAACGCAUCCACACCGGGGAGAGGCCUCAUUCAUGUCCAGACUGUGGCAGAGCCUAUCGCUCAUUCUCCAAUCUCUGGAAACAUCGAAAACUCCACCGAGAGCAACAAAUACAGGCACCGGAGUCCCAGCCCACCGACCUCUCUAACACUGUGGCCAUACUGGAGACUGUAGAAACUAUUCCAAUUAUUGAGACCGUUGAAAUCUUUCCAGAGGGCAGUACAAUAAGUGUGCAGGACAUUCAGUUUGAGACCCUCCAGGUGGAAAAUAUUCAUUUGGGAAAUAUUCAGAUUGGAACUUUAUAAAGGGUACAAGUCCUUCUUUUGUGGGCAAACUCAUGCUGUACCCCUGCAGUCUCUGUCCUUUAUUAGAGUUUUAGGCAGUUGGCACUUGUUCUUUGGGGACCACAGUGUGAGUGAUAACAUAGACUUUGUGUUAUGGAAAGCUAUUCAGGAGCUUGCUUGGCAGGGUAAGGAAGAUGGUUCUGCCGCUCCUGCUCUCUGAUGAUGAAAAUGUUAUAUAAAAUAUAAAUUUUAUUGUCCUCCAAAGUUAUGUUAUUCAGGCAGUUCUGCUUGCUAAAUAUUUCAAUAAAGCAGUACUCUUCCCCCAGAAAGGACUAACAGUAGUAUGGUGUGUCUGCCUUUACCUAUGUAAUGCAUUGCUGCUUUUCUUUGACUUCUGUCUGUUCUUUCUGUAACUUGGCGCUGCUCUUCCCUUUCCUGUAGCUCUUUUCUUUCCUCUGGCUCUUUUAUUCACAUCUGAUGCUCUACUUCUGUCCAUAUGGUUCUAUACCUUCACGCCUCUCCCUUACAUCUAGUCUUUUUGGGUCAGUAUCCUGAUGCACAUCUACCUGAUGCUCCUCUUUGUUGCCACUUUUGUUUCCAGAACUCUGCUUUGAUUUGCUUUGCUACCUCUCUCGCAAGAUCUCUGUGCCUUAGGUAAAAAUCAGUCUUAUUUUUUAUUGGGAAGCUUUUAGGUACAACCAGUAAUGGGCAACUUCAUGGCACAAGGAUUAUUGCAGUUUGUUGAUACCCAGCAACACGUGGAAAGUGAGCCUGAAGACCAUGGUACAAAGGGACAGAUGGUUACUUGCCCUUUAACAGUUUUUUUUUCUUUCUUCCUUUCCUUCUGCCCUUGUCACCUGCUCCCCUAUUACUCUUAUCAUGUCAACAGUUCUAUUGUUAGCUUAAAUCUUCUACCCCCCUCCAAAUUCUCCCUUAUCUUUUCUAAUAUGUAUAAUUCCUCUGCAUUGAUGAAUUCAAGUCUGUCCUUAUUCUAACUGUACCCCAUCCCAUAAGCAGUACAACCUGUGGUCCAGUCCGUACAAAAGUAUAAGGUUAAAUCUGUGCAGUUUGACUAAUACGUUCCAUUAAUGCAAAUGAUAGGCUGUGCUGUUUGGUUCGGAUUCUUAUUUGCCGGGCCGAAAAUUGAUGGCGGAAUGUAGAAUAAAAUCAUUUCUCAUUAAAAAUAGCUUAUACACUA